CUCCUCCUCCUCCUGUGACAGGGACGCGCACAUACAGCAGCUCAAUAUCAGAGAAUACAGCUUAGCUUUCUGCGCUCACAUCCUCCUAUAGAUACAUACCAUAAGAUCACACAAUUACACUUAUCGCCGUUAUUUCCUCACUGGACAUUGAUGCAUUUUCCUCAACGGUCACCGUAGCGGUCCAGCCGAUCGUUAUUGCUUUUAUUCCCAUCCCCUCUCGCAUCCAUAGACUGAUCUACGCUACAAGAUGGCUGAGCUGAAUUUAGGGAAGGGGCUGACUGCGGGGAAAGUGGCCAGCAACGUUCAGAAAAAGCUAACCAGGGCCCAGGAGAAGGUUCUACAGAAGCUUGGCAAAGCAGACGAAACUAAAGACAUUGCUUUCGAGGAGGGGGUUAUCAACUUCAACAAACAAUAUGCUGAAGGCAGCAAACUCCAGAGAGACCUAAGAGCAUACCUGGAAGCAGUGAAAGCCAUGCACGAGUCCUCCAAGAACGUGCAGGCGUGUUUAGCUGACAUGUAUGAGCCAGAGUGGUACGGCAAGAACGAGGUGGACUCCAUCGUUGAGGACUGUGAUGUUCUUUGGACUGAUUACCACCAGAAGUUGGUGGAUCACGCUCUCAUCUCUAUGGAUACUUACCUGGGCCAGUUCCCUGAUAUCAAGGCUCGUAUAGCUAAGAGGGACAGGAAGCUGGUUGACUACGACAGCGCCAGGCAUAACUAUGCUGCGACGCAUAAGACGAAGAAAAAGGACGGGGGCAUUAAAAUCACCAAGCCGUCCUCCUUGUUGGAAAGGGCCACUCCGGGUUGGGCUCAGGGUAUCCUGUCUGCACACAACGUUGCCCAGAGCAGUCUCUCCAGGAGCCAGGCCGAAGAGGAGUUGGAAAGAGCCCAGAAGGUGUUUGAGGAGAUUAAUAUUGACUUGCAAGAGGAGCUACCCUCACUCUGGAACAGUCGGGUUGGGUUUUAUGUCAGCACCUUCCAGAGUUUGGCCGGUUUUGAGGAGAAGUUCCACAAGGAAAUAAGUCGGUUGGAUCAGGACUUGUAUGACAUCUUGGACACACUGGAAAGAACAGAUACAACCAGAAAGACAGGUAACCGUGGCACCCCGUCGUCAGGAGCGAACAGGAGUGAGAAAGAGGCGACUAACCACACUCUCAGGCCAGGAGGGCCACCCCCAAUCCCCAAAUCCCCGUCCAAGCUAAGACCAGCAGUGCCUCCUCCACCCAAGGUGACCCCAUCUAAGGAACUUAAAACCGAGAACAUUAUCAACCUGUUUGAUGCUGCAGCAACUCCAGACAUCAGUGUCACCUCCCCUACAGAGUUUGACAGUCCUGCAGUGAGCACCCUGUUGGACAUGGACCUGGACUCAUUCAGUGCAGCGACCCAAGCUUCCACAACCACACAGCCCGCAAACUGGGAUUCGUGGCCUGAGGACAGUGGUGCCCAGGAAGAAGAGACUCCGGAGUUCCAAGACCCUGUGACUGCUGCUACAGAGGCCUGGGGGGAUGACGGUUCACAGCCUGUUCGCUAUGACCCCAUAGCAGCUGCCACAGAAGGCUGGGGGGACGACGGAACCAAGCCAGUUCGCUAUGACCCCGUGGCUGCGGCUCAGAAGGGAUGGGAUGAUGAUGAUGAUGAUGAGAGCCAGCCAGUCCAUUACGACACCGUGGCUGAAGCUCAAGACGACUGGGGUGAUGACGGAAGUCAGGCAGCCGCAGCAGAGGUGCCUGCCACGGACGAUGAAACACCUGCAGAUGAGGCUCCAGCUGACGCAGCUGCAGAGGAAGCCACCCCAGCUGCUGAUGAGUUGGAUAAUGAAGAGGGUCAGGGUGAGUCUGCAGCAGCAGCUGCUGCACCAGCAGAGGAAGAGCCAGUAAUAGAAGAGACACCUGCAGAAGCACCGGAAGCAGCAGAACCAACAGAAGCAGCACCAGAAGCAGCACCAGAGCCUGCAGAAAUGCCCCCUGGCUUCCUGUUCAAGGUCCAGGUGAUGCACGAUUACGCGGCCAACGACACCGACGAACUGGAGAUGAAGGCCGGUGAUGUGGUGCUAGUAAUCGUCUUUGACAACCCCGAUGAGCAGGACGACGGCUGGCUGAUGGGAAUAAAGCAGGACGACUGGCUGCAAAACAAAGAAAACGCCGCCAAAGGAGUAUUUCCCGAAAACUUCACCCAGAGGCUGUGAAAGGGGAGGACGUCAUUCCAGCUCCCUUCUUCAUGUUUCUAUCCCUCUUGCCUAUAUCCUUUUCUCCCCUCUGAUACUGUAUCUUUACUAGGACUUUGGCCAUAGAAGCAGAGCUGUCACAGCCCUGGGUGAAAUCAUGCAUUUCUAAGGUCUGCUACACUGUGCUAAAAGUGAACCUUGGCAUUUCUGUGGAACACUUACAAUUUACAGAUGUAACCAUUUCACAGGUUUUUGUAGCAUUGUUGCCGCUCCACCAGUGAGAAAUGGUUUAGAGGUUGCGCGGUCACACAGGUUAGACACGAGGCUGGUUACCUCUGCAGUGGUUGCAACUGAAAUUGUAUGAUAACGAUUUAUCUUUGGCCAUAUCUUCCCAUAAGAGAGUCUAUUGAGAUGUGUUAAGUUGGCGUUGAGAGACUGAGAGGGGUGUUAAAUCAUCAAAAGGACGUCGCCUGUAGCAGAGUAUCCCUUACACGCAUACAGUAUAAGCCCUAUCAUCUGUUUUAUAGAGGGUGACAGGGUCUAAGUACUAAAACCAGACUGACCAAAUUGCAAAAUCACACGAGUAGAGUUUUCGCUAUCAUCAGAAUCAUUCACCCACCUCAUUGCCUGCACCUUCACCUCUGUCAAAAUGCAAAAAGACCUUCAAACACACACAAGCCUAAUCAGCCGAGCAGCACAUUUAUUCUAGUGCUGCUGUUUUCAGAUUUGUGAUCACACUCUUGACUGAGUGUCUUUUGAACACGUGCAGCCCAUCCUUUAUCCCUACUUUCAUUGUUUACUUGUGGAAAACGGGCCCUUGGUUGUUGUAUUAGUAUAGAUUCUAUGGUGGUAUAGGUGAGCGAACCUGUUGUUAAAAUCCAAAUAAAUGCAUAUACAGUUACAAGUCAUCAGACACCAGCCUAUAGUAACAGCGAAGAAUUUAACAGUUCUGGUGUAGAGUAGAAAACCUCCCCAACCUUUCAAAUCAGUCAGUUUUUAAUUCCUUGAAACUGUGUGAAGUUGUGUGGUUGUUUUUUUUUUUUCCGCAAGGGAUUCUAAAUAUGCAUUAGUCGGGCUUGCCGAUAAGCUAGCCACAAAACCACAUCGAUGAGAAGCUGCUACUGGUAGUCUACGAGUUAUAUUUAUAAAUGUGGCAACAUCCUAACACUAAUCAAAUAUAUAAAAAACUGAGCCAGCCUCAUUCGUUUAAAAAAAAACAAAAGAAAAACGUGCCGAAAAACAGUUGCAUAGAGAAACUGAAAUGCAGAUAAUUCUGAAUAUGCACCAGAGCAACUUCUUUUAUUUUUGUAUGCUGCCAAGCAAGGACUACGUAUAGCCUAUGUAACUAUGUCAACAUAAUUGCCAACCGAGGAUGUUACGGAGUGUUUUGUACUUCUAUAAGGUUUACUGCUCUCGACGUAGCCGCGCAGGUAGUUAAAAUCUAUCUCACACUCAGUCAUUCGUUCAGUCAGACUUAAAAGAGAUUCUCAUGAUGUUGUUAACAUGUAAUAAGCGUGAGAGAAUCUGUAUGUGUGUACGAUCGUGUGUGUGUGUGUGUGUGUUGUUUGAGAAACAUAAAUCUUUAUCUAUAGGCUAUUGUUAUUGGACGAUACCACCACCGUCUACCGGGAGGAUAAGGUCAUCCGUUUUACAAGACGCUAUUCUGACAGGACGGAGGCAAAACGUAUUGGGUCUUUUUCCACUGGCUGGUAUUCUGGUUCCAGGUGUUAUUGUGCAUUUGUUGUGUAUAAGUGUAAUUUUGCCAAGCUGUGAUGACAGAUACAUAUUCUAUAAAGACAUUCAUAUCUGUAUGUGAGUUACUGUGAGCAUGCUGACUUCCCAUGUGUUGUUGUGUGAACACCCUUAAUUUAAGACAGUGAUACUUGAGUCACAUUUGAGGCAAUUGAAACAAGCAAUUUUUUUAUUUAUUUAUUUUUUAACUUUAUUUUUGUUAAUCUUGAUAUAUAACGAAUGGUGGUGGGCCGUUGCAGUGUGCGUUUUACUACUAUUCUGUCUCUCUCUCCAAUCCGUCCUGAUCAUAAUUAAUGGUUGUCCAUCAGCCUUGCCUCAAAAUGUUGCUGAGUAUCGUGGUCCAAACAGAGUUAAUUAUCCGGAGACGGCGCGCAUAGAGAUACGUUUAAAGCCACCAGACUCAGGUGGACAGAUUUUUUUGUAACGGUUUUCAGUAUUUUAACCGCCAGGAUGUGCAUGAUUUUUUUCAUGUGUAUUGAAAAAGCCUCAUGUGAGAACAACACCUGCACAUGAUAGGUAAACCAAUCACUCUGACUCCUCGUUUCCAAAUUUUAAUGUAUAAAUUGGUGAAUGUUUUACCUGAGUCUGGUUCUGUAUCUGUCUUUAUGGAUCAGUCUCCUGCAGCGACGCGCUAUGGGAUAUGACAAAAAGUUUUUUUUCCUGUACCUAACUGACCAAUAAUAAUAAAAAAAAUACCUAGGAUACACA